UGGAACCAUCGCUAACAAUAUCAUGCGCUGUUGAGUCAUUAUCUCCAUCAUCCUUUAAAUAAUUCUAUAACCAGUUUUUUCUUUGUCAACCCCAGUCGCCAAUUACACGGCGACGUAAUUCGUACGAGCCGCAAUACGACAUGCCGGCGCCGCCGAUUUAGUUACCGGGAAUCACCGUCAAAUCUGAAACUUCCCAUCAGGGUUGAAUAAAGGACUGGUGGUUCAGUUGGGAGCUUUACUGAAAGUGUAUUGUGGCCCCAGAUGAGCAGAACUGAUGUUAUUGGCAUUGGAAGGAGGAGGGUUCUUCUCUUCGUCAGCUUCUGGGUAUAGCAGGGGCUUGGCCAUUCUUCUCUUGGGUCAAAAGCAGGAAGACAAACCCAUGAGAGUUAGUCCGUGGAAUCAUUACCAGUUGGUGGACCAAGAACCUGACCCUGAGCUCCAGCUGGCUUCCACGAAGAAUCGGCGUUCCCGCGGGUGUGCUUCCUUUGUCUGCUUUGGUCGCACUUCUGCAGGAAUUGAUGCUCCAUCCCCUCUUAAAGUAGGUCCUACGCAACAGCAGGAUGUCUCGCCAGGGCCUCUUGUUUCGGACAAGGGAAAAGAUCAUUCAACUGAUCUCGUUGAAGAAAACAAUACAAGAAAAAUCUCCCUUAAGAGUAGCAUGAAGAAGCCAUCAAAGAGCAUUCCAAGUCCAAUUCAGGUCACUGAUCAACGUGAGGCAUUUGGUGAAAAGGGUAAUGAUAUCCCUGGUCACACAGAAAGGAGGAAAGUGAAGUGGACAGAUGCUUGUGGUAGUGAGCUUGUUGAGAUCAGAGAAUUUGAGCCCAGUGAAGCGGAGGAUUCAGACGACGAAUUUGAGAAUGGAAAUGAAAGAAGUUGUUCAUGUGCUAUCAUGUAACGGGAUCUUUGCCAAUAUAUCACACGGCUGAACUUUUUUUGACAUGCGAGGAUGCAUCUGGUAGAUAAGAUAACUACUAACAGCGCUCAUUGGUUUCUCCCUGGUUCUACAGAUUUCUUGGCAAAGGUAAAUAUUUUAUCUGGUCCAAGAGAACAUCAUGCUACAUCUAUGAUCUAGCCACUUUUGUUCGACUGUUCCUUUGUCUAGAUUUAAAUGAAGAAUUCAGUCUGUCGUUUGGGCUUCACUUUAUUAUGUAUUUCUUGUAUUGCAUGAUUGCAUUCUCCAUUGUUUCUUGUCAAUUAAUUUUGUAUUAUUCUUUUUGGCAGACUAUUUGUAGUUAAUGGAAUUGUUUUUGGGUUG